AUGUUCGCUCUCCUCACAGCAGAGCGGUUGCUAGGUGGCCUUCGCUUCUUGGCACUAAAACGACCAGCUUUUGUUUCUACGCUCAGAGCAGCGUUGUUACAGCCAGAAGUGGUCAGCGCCCUCGCGCACGGAAAACGAACCAAAUCCAAUGCCGUCGAGGAUGUGCAUAUACACAGGGAAGAGAUUCUCGGACGCGGGGUGCAGAUUUGUCAGGUGUUGGGUCCCGGAGAUUCGAACCCAGCGGGCAACGUACAUGGGGGCGUGGUGCUGAAGUUGGCUGAGUCUGCAGGGUACUUGGCAGUGGCAAGACAUUGCAAUGCAAACAGAACAGACGAUCAACCGCUGGUGCCAUACUCUGCGCGUAUGGAGAAGAGCGCGUUCAUCAACCCCAUGUAUUUAGGCCAGUGUGCGGUUGUGAAUGCAAAGGUCGCCUACGCUUCAAAUCGGACUGUGCAGGUGCACGUGGACGUUUGGGCCGAGAACUUACUGAGCGGACACCUCACUCUGUGCAAUCAGGCACGUAUCUGGUACGUAGCGUUUAGGGCAGGAAAAGACUCCGAAGUACCGCAGCGCGUGCCGCCUGUAGUGCCCAUCAAUGACGACGAGAAGCAAGCGUAUGCCGAGGGUCAGAAGGAGCAUGCCACAGCCAAGUCCCUGAAGCACAUCCAGCCGGUUGUCAGCGAUCUCGAGGACUACCGUAGGGGUCUGGGUCGCGAGACGCACCUGAAUGACGGAGACACGCGGACGGUGGGAUGGUCGUUCACUGAGCUGGCUCAGAUGGUGUGCCCCUCACACUGCGAAGACAACAAAGCCACAGCCGGCGUCAUCAUGAAACUCAUGGACACGUGUGCGGGCAUUGCGGCCGUGAGACACGCGCGUAGCAAUGUGGUGACGGUAGCGCUGAGUCAGAUGGAGUUUUUCAAGCCCAUUAAUUUGGGAGAAAUCAUGUCUGUGAGUGGGCGGAUAACGUAUGUGAGCGAGCGGAGCAUUGAAGUGGAAGUCAUUGUCACUGCGUACGCACCCAUCGAAACCCGCAAAACCGAUGCCAAGGUCCGCUGUGUCUUCUCGAUGGUCCCGUUGGCAUGGCAUGGGGGCGCCCUAACCAUUCCCAAGCUUCAACUACUGACAGACGAAGAGAAGGUGCGGUUUCUCAGAGGAGAAGAAAGGUACAAGGCACGCAGAACCGUAAGCGCCGCUGCAUAGAGUAUGACCGGGGGCUUGUAAAUGGUUUCCGGAUGGUACAAUUUGCGGGGAGGUUUCUAUGAGGGCCAUUUGGCACGAAAUAGAUGGAUAGGAGUG